AUGUCGUCGAUCGCGAAGAAGAUGCUGGAGCGCCACGGCUGGAAGGAGGGCAUGGGGCUCGGUAGGGACGCGCAGGGCGUCAAGACGUACGUGAAGGUGGUGCGCCGCGACCCGCACACCGCAACGGGGUUGGGGCACGCGGCGGAUGCCACGCAGGCACCGCAGGCCUCCACCUUCGCCGUCGAGCUCGAUGCGGUGUACUCCACGCUGUCGGCGACGAAACGCGGGAGAAAGAAGGUGGCGGUUAGCGACAGCGACGCGGAGGAGGAGGAGGCGGGCACACGCACUGCUGGGAAGGGCGACGCCGAGAGGCGAAAGCGACAGCGCAGCCCAAGUAGUAGUAGCAGCAGCAGCAGCGAGAAGAGUAACAGUGACAGUGAGGAGGACUCUGAUGCACAUGUUGACAUCACGCGCCUGAAAGACGACGAGUUACUGCGGCGAUGCGGCGGUGUGCGUUUGGGCCGCGCUGGUCGUCACCGUUUCUUCGAGGGUAAACUGCGCCGCAUUGAGGAGUCCCACCGUGAGAGCUAA